UACCUUGGAGCUAUACUUGCAGGCUAUGGCUAUGAUACUUGCUAUACUGAAUUAACUAGAUAGUAGAACCAUGUACUCUAGCUCUGGCAUGAGGUACUCCUCCCAAUAGGCUACACCAACUACCUAGUUAGCAGUGUUAGUAGUUGACUGAUCCAAUCAAGCCAGCCAAUCACCCUUCGCCUACGUCCUAUCUGUCUCCUCUCCACCACCUCUACCUACUUGUCUCCGCUCUCUCCGCCCCGCGAGACAACCUGACCCGCCUCCGCUCACUACCAACUACUACUACUCACCUCCUCCAUCAUCCAACUCCUCCCUCAGACCGUCUCUUCCUCCCUCUCUCUCCCAUACCUCCACCAAACCACACGACAACCUCUUAACAAAACACUUCUUCUUCCAAACUCGUAACUCAAACAACACAGGUCGUGGAUUAUACAUUCACGAUUCUGUGAGAGUGCUUACGACAAAACUCUACUACUAUUACAACUCCAGCUUGUCACCAUAGCCCAUCAUGGCCUCAUCAGCUACGAACCCAGAUACAUUGGUGACUCUCAAGGUCAACAUCGAAGGCAGCAACAGGAGAUUCAAGCUUCCUCUUCGUGACCUGGGUGCGAACACUCUGCCAGACAAGCUUCGUGCUCUGCUGCAGAUUCCAGAAUCCCAGGAAGCUAUCUUCGAACGCUACUCCGACAGUGCUGCUGACUUUGUCACCCUCGACCCUAACAACGCUUCGGUCUACAAGCAGCUCUACCGUGCGGCCAAGGCUAAGCUUAAGCUUCGUCUUAAGGUCACCAUUAUCGACCAGGAGGAUAAGGAGCCUGUUAAGCCAAAGCAGGCUACAGUUGAGGACGAGGUUGCAUCGCCCGUGGCCGCGCCCGUCGCCGAGCCACAGCUGAUCUCGGUUGAUACCCCAUUAGCGCCAGAGUCAGAGUAUAUGUCUCCAUUCAGCUCUGAGAGCGACAAGGCCGCUGCACAAGAAUUCCCAUCGUACGGCGAGUAUCUCAAGGAUCUCACGUUCAACUUCAAGAAUGAGGUAGCAGCAGCGAAUGAGAUCGCGGCAGCAGCAGCACUGACUCCAAGUGCACCUGCCCCAGUGACGACGCCACCCACGCCCGUGUCCGUCACGUCAGUCCCGGUUGCAUCAAGCCCAACCAGCCAAGCCAUCCCUGUCACAAGAGGAGCCGCUGCCCGCGACAGAUGGUACGCCGAGCUCGCCAACCUCACCGAGGAGCGCCGUGCUGCCCUCCGUGCUAACCGCCACUGCCCCGGUGCAUCUCUGCAGGCACACAUGAACAACUACUCUGUGUUCUGCAACAGCUGCAACGUGCCCAUUCCCGAUAUGCACUAUCACUGUGAUGUCUGUGACAACGGUGACUACGAUCUGUGCCAGGGUUGCAUGGAUAAGGGCGUUUCUUGCGCAGGGGAGAAUCACUGGAUGAUUAAGCGCUUCGUUAAGAAUGGAAGGGUUAUCAAUAGCGUUACGAAGACGCACCCGCAGAAGGCGUCGCCGUCAAAUGUGUCGAAGGCUACUCUUGUUGAGGUUGAGGAGCCUAAGCAGGUUAUUGUGGGAUCGGUUAGGACUUGCAACUCUUGCAUUCAAGAAUACCCAGAGAGCCGUUUCAUCACUUGCGUGGACUGUGAGGACUUUGAUCUCUGCAUUCCAUGCCACGAUAAGGUUCAGCAUGGCCACAACCCAAAGCAUACGUUUGCUCCAGCAGCAGCCGACGCCAAGUUGGAGUCCCUCACCAAGGCACUUCUCAACCCAGGACGCAAUGUUUCUCACCAAGCCAUCUGUGAUGGCUGUGACAAGUACAUCUAUGGUGUCCGCCACAAGUGCCUCGACUGCCCAGACUGGGACUUCUGCCAGACCUGUGUUCCCAACGCGGAGUUCAUCCACCCACGCCACCGCUUCGUCCCCAUCUACGAGUCGAUUGCCCUCCACACACGCUCGCUUGCGAAUACCGCUCUCCACUACGGUAUUUAUUGUGAUGGACCGCUGUGUGCCUCGAAGUCGCUGAACAUCCGCGGCGACCGCUAUAAGUGCGCUGUCUGUGACGACACUGAUUUCUGUGCCAGCUGCGAGGCUAGCCCGAACAAUGUCCACAACAGGACCCACCCUCUCAUCAAGUUCAAGACUCCGAUCCGCAAUGUUAGCGUUACCACCAUGGGUGAUCAUGAUAAUGGCAAGCCCAUGCCGGUGAUGGGCGACCGCUGCCGCCGCCCAAUCUCCAAGUCUACUGAGACCAACACCUGUUCGUCCGCGAACGCUGCUACUCAGGUCCAGACCGUUGCUGAGGUCAAGCCAACUCCAGAGGUCAAGACCGAGAAGGCCGAGUCUAAGACCAAGGAGGCCCCCAAGGAAGUCAAGUCCGAGAAGGCGCCCGUGAAAUCCGAGGACGAGCUCGUCGCCACCUUCGUCCGCGACGCCGUCCCAGACGGAACCAUCCUCGCCCCCAGCGUCGUCUUCGAGCAGACCUGGAUCCUCCGCAACACCGGCACCGCCGCCUGGCCCGCCGGCUGCACCGUCAAGUUCGUCGGCGGCGACAACAUGUGCGCCGUCGACCCGGAGCACCCGGCCAGCGUACACGAGCUCGUCAGCGCCGCCGAGAGCACCACGUGCUACACUGAGGUUGCGCCGGGGCAGGAGCACGGAUUCACCGUGCUGAUGAGGACGCCUAAUAAGACUGGGAAGGUUAUCUCGUACUGGCGCCUCACUGGGCCGGAUGGGUAUAAGUUCGGUCACAGACUCUGGUGUGAUGUCCUUGUUGAGGGUGCACCGGCUGUUGUUAAGGAGGAGGUCCUCGCCAAGGAGGAGGAGGUUCUCGAGAAGAGCCAGAUGAUCUUCCCUACUCUGGAGAAGGAAUCCCCUGUCUCUAGCGUGUAUGAGCAGCGCGCCCCAUCCCCUGCAUUCGCCCCGGCGGCCGCUGAAGAUGACUUUGUGGAUUUCACAUCCGAGACGCACGAGGAUGAUCUCACGGAGGAUGGGUUCUUGACGGAUGAGGAGUACGAUAUCCUCGAUGCUAGCGAUGAGGAGUUCCUCGCUGAGCAGGGGAUGAAGGCGCAGAAGUAAACAGGUGGAUGAGGGUGGAUGGAGACUUGGAGUUCUAGGUGCAAAAACAAAUUGACACACACACACACACACACAGGAUAAGCACGGGACUGGAUUGGGGGGGUUGUUAUGGAGUUGAGCUUUUUGUCAAUGGUUUUUUUCUUUUCGUUUUGCGUGUUGUUGUGAUUGCGUGGUUUGUUAUCUAUGGCUUUGUUUUGAUAUUAUUUGGGGGAUUGGGGGGGAUAUGUUUGGGAGGGAGGGAUGCUCUAUGGUUAUAGUUACCUCGCACGAUCGAGUCGGCGGGAGGAGUGAUAGGGGAAGUGGACUCAACUCAGCUCAGUCCUGGUUGUUGUCCUCUCAUCUUUGCCCGGGUGGGGCCUUGGCUUUUUUUACUAUGGCAGUGCUUUAGGCAAUUGAUAUGAAUAUGACGAAUUAUUAAAA